ACAGACCCCUCAUUUCCCCCUCCUCAAGUUCUCUCCGCCCCGGUCUUUUCACACUCCACCCCUGCCCCCACCCACCGGGCUCCCAGCCUCAGUUUCCUUCCCGUCCCGACUCCUUCCCCUGCCGGCGGCCCUUCCUCGAAGGCGGAUGUGCGUCGGGAAAGCGAAGGCGGCGGCGGGCGGAGAGGGUCCCAGCUCGGCCCCGAAGGCCUCGGGACGCGGCCAUGCGACGCCCGGGGCGAGGCCUCGGCUGGCCCCCCGGGCCACAGGAGCUCUGGAGCCCCAGGACCAUGGACGCUCUUAAUAGGAACCAGGUGGGCCCUGGAUGCAGGACCCAAGCAAUGGUCAAGAAAGGGCCCUUGGACCUGAUCGAGACAGGCAAAGGGCUGAAGGUGCAAACGGACAAACCCCAUCUGGUGAGCCUGGGCAGUGGGCGGCUCAGCACAGCUAUCACCCUUCUGCCGCUGGAGGAAGGGAAGACCGUGAUUGGCUCUGCGGCCAGGGACAUCUCCCUGCAGGGUCCGGGCUUGGCUCCAGAACACUGCUACAUUGAGAACCUGCGGGGCACCCUCACCCUCUACCCGUGUGGCAAUGCCUGCAGUAUCGACGGGCUCCCUGUCCGGCAGCCCACCCGGCUCACUCAGGGCUGUAUGUUGUGCCUGGGUCAGUCGACCUUCCUCCGCUUUAACCACCCGGCUGAAGCCAAGUGGAUGAAGAGUAUGAUUCCGGCAGGGGGCCGGGCCCCCGGGCCCCCCUACAGUCCUGGCUCAGAAUCGGAAAGCCUGGUUAAUGGGAACCACGCGCCACAGCCCGCGACCCGGGGCCCCUCUGCCUGCGCCAGCCACAGUUCCCUGGUGAGCUCUAUUGAGAAGGACCUGCAGGAGAUCAUGGACUCGCUGGUGCUAGAGGAGCCCGGAGCGGCCGGCAAGAAGCCUGCCGCGACUUCCCCACUGUCGCCAAUGGCUAAUGGUGGGCGCUACUUGCUGUCCCCGCCAACCAGCCCUGGUGCCAUGUCUGUGGGCUCCAGCUAUGAGAACACCUCUCCAGCCUUCUCUCCGCUCUCCUCACCAGCCAGCAGUGGGAGCUGUGCCAGCCACUCACCCAGCGGGCAGGAGCCAGCACCUUCCGUGCCGCCGCUGGUGCCUGCCCGUUCCUCGAGCUACCACCUGGCCCUGCAGCCCCCACAGUCCCGACCGGGCGGCGCCCGCUCCUCCGAGAGCCCCCGGCUGGGCCGGAAAGGGGGUCACGAGAGGCCUCCCAGCCCCGGCCUCCGAGGUCUGCUGACGGACAGCCCCGCGGCCACUGUCUUGGCGGAGGCCCGCAGAGCCACCGAGAGCCCCCGGCUGGGUGGGCAGCUGCCCGUGGUGGCCAUCAACCUGAGUGAAUACCCAGCUUCCGGUGCCCGAAGCCAGCCCACGAGCAUUCCUGGAAGCCCCAAGUUGCAGCCUCCGGUCCCUGCUCCCCGAAACAAGAUCGGCACCCUCCAGGACCGCCCUCCCAGCCCUUUCCGUGAGCUGCCAGGCACCGAGCGGGUGCUGACAACCAGCCCCUCACGCCAGCUGGUGGGCCGAACAUUUUCAGAUGGGUCAGCCACCCGUACCCUGCAGCCUCCUGAGAGUCCCCGCCUGGGCCGGCGGGGCCUGGACAGCAUGCGGGAACUCCCUCCGUUGAGCCCGUCUCUGUCGCGACGGGCUCUCUCCCCCAUGCCCACCAGGACUACGCCAGAUCCCAAGCUAAGCAGGGAAGUGGUGGAGAGUCCCCGGGCCCGGCGCUGGGCAGCCCACGGGGCGUCACCGGAGGACUUCUCCCUGACGCUGGGGGCACGGGGCCGUAGGACACGGAGCCCCUCACCCACGCUCGGGGAGUCACUGGCACCCCGCAAGGGCAGCUUCAGUGGCAGGCUGAGCCCAGCCUAUAGUCUGGGCUCUCUGACCGGGGCUUCGCCCCGCCAGAGCCCCCGUGCCCAGAGGAAGCUGUCCAGUGGGGACUUGCGGGUGCCUGUCACUCGGGAGCGGAAAAAUAGCAUCACGGAGAUCAGUGACAACGAGGACGACCUCCUGGAGUACCACCGGCGGCAGCACCAAGAACGGCUCUGGGAGCAGGAGAUGGAGAGGCUGGAACGCCAGCGCCUGGAGACCAUCCUGAACCUGUGUGCUGAGUACAGCCGGGCCGACGGGGCACCCGAGGCUGGGGAGCUGCCCAGCAUCGGGGAAGCUGCCGCAGCAUUGGCGCUGGCGGGCCGGAGGCCCUCACGAGGCCUUUCAGCGGCCACCGGAGCCUCUGGGCGGGGCCCCGAGGAGCCCGGAGGUGCCACCCAGCGCCUGUGGGAGUGCGUGGACCGCUCAGAUGAGGAGAAUCUCAAGGAGGAGUGCAGCAGCACUGAGAGCACCCAGCAGGAGCAUGAAGAUGCACCCAGCGCCAAGCUCCAGGGGGAGGUGCUGGCCCUGGAAGAGGAGAGGGCUCAGGUGUUGGGGCGAGUGGAGCAGCUCAAGGUCCGUGUGAAGGAGCUCGAGCAGCAGCUGCAGGAGUCCGCCCGCGAGGCUGAAAUGGAACGAGCAUUGCUGCAGGGGGAGAGGGAGGCAGAGCGGGCGUUGCUGCAGAAGGAGCAGAAGGCCGUGGACCAGCUGCAGGAAAAGUUGGUGACCUUGGAAACCGGCAUCCAGAAGGAGAGGGACAAGGAGAGGGCGGAGCUGGCCGCGGGACGGAGGCACCUGGAGGCCCGCCAGGCGCUCUACGCCGAGCUCCAGACGCAGCUCGAUAACUGCCCCGAGUCAGUGCGGGAACAGUUACAGGAGCAGCUGAGAAGGGAGGCCGAGGCCCUGGAGACGGAGACAAAGCUGUUUGAGGACUUGGAGUUCCAGCAGCUGGAGCGGGAGAGCCGCGUGGAGGAGGAGCGUGAGCUGGCGGGCCAGGGGCUGCUCCGGAGCAAGGCCGAGCUGCUCCGGAGCAUCACCAAGAGGAAGGAGCGCCUGGCAGUCCUGGACGGUCAGGCCGGGCAGAUCCGGGCCCAGGCCGUGCAAGAGUCCGAGCGCCUGGCGCGGGACAAGAACGCCUCCCUGCAGCUGCUGCAGAAGGAGAAGGAGAAACUCACGAUGCUGGAAAGAAGGUACCACUCACUCACGGGAGGCAGGCCUUUCCCGAAGACCACGUCGACCCUCAAAGAGGAGUAUGUGAGCCUGGCAGAGGUUCUCCAGCUGUGCUUCCGCUUGGACCCCCAUGCUUCUGCCACCUCCCCCAGCGUGCUCGCCCAGCCCCUGCCUGACAGUGAGUACGUGACGCUUGAGCAGCUAAAGGCGAUGUGGGGCACCUCGCCCAUGCCCGCAGCCCCUGUGCCAGGCCCGCCUCUCUGGGCCCCUGCCUCCCGGGACCUGGUUCCCACCACCUGCCUUCCUCCCGUGCUGCCCUCUUCCUCCUCCUUCGCUUCCAUCACGCCUUCACCCAAGAUGGAGGAGCUGCUGCUCCCUGCUGUAGACUUAGAGCAGUGGUACCAGGAGCUGAUGGCCGGGCUGGGGCCCGGCCCCGCUACAGCCUCCCCGCGCUCCUCUCCCCCGCCUCUGCCCGCCAAAGCUUCCCGGCAGCUGCAGGUUUACCGCUCCAAGAUGGAUGGUGAGGCCACCAGCCCCCUGCCCCGGACCCGCAGCGGCCCUCUCCCCUCUUCCUCUGGCUCUUCUUCCUCCUCCUCCCAGCUCAGCGUGGCUACCCUGGGCCGUAGCCCCUCCCCAAAGAGUGUCCUCCUUGCCCAGAAUGGCACGAGCAGCCUUCCUCGCAACCUGGCGGCCACGCUGCAGGACAUUGAGACCAAGCGCCAGCUGGCCCUGCAGCAGAAGGGCGAGUCGCUUCCUGCCGAGCCCCCCCCAACCGACGACCCAGCAGGGCAGCAGGUGAUCGAGGAGCAGCGGCGGCGCCUGGCCGAGCUGAAGCAGAAAGCUGCGGCCGAGGCGCAGUGCCAGUGGGAUGCCCUGCACGGGGCGGCCCCCUUCCCGCCCGGCCCCUCGGGCUUCCCCCCGCUCAUGCACCACUCCAUCCUGCACCACCUGCCGGCCGGCCGAGAGCGCGGGGAGGACGGCGAGCACGCCUACGACACCCUGAGCCUGGAGAGCUCCGACAGCAUGGAGACCAGCAUCUCCACGGGCGGCACCUCGGCCUGCUCCCCGGACACCGUGUCCAGCGUGAGCGGCCUGGACGUGGGGAAGAUCGAGGAGAUGGAGAAGAUGCUGAAAGAAGCGCACGCGGAGAAGAGCCGCCUCAUGGAGUCGAGGGAGCGGGAGUUGGAGCUCCGGAGGCAGGCCCUGGAGGAGGAGCGGAGGCGGCGGGAGCAGGUGGAACGGAGGCUGCAGAGCGAGAGCGCCAGGAGGCAGCAGCUGGUGGAGAAGGAGGUCAAGAUGCGGGAGAAACAGUUCUCCCAGGCACGACCCCUGACCCGCUACCUGCCAAUCCGGAAGGAGGACUUUGAUCUGAAGACCCACAUUGAGUCGUCGGGCCACGGUGUCGAUACCUGCCUGCACGUGGUGCUCAGCAGCAAGGUCUGCCGCGGCUACUUGGUCAAGAUGGGGGGCAAGAUUAAGUCGUGGAAGAAGCGCUGGUUUGUCUUCGACCGGCUCAAGCGCACCCUUUCCUAUUAUGUGGACAAGCAUGAGACGAAGCUGAAGGGGGUCAUCUACUUCCAGGCCAUCGAGGAGGUCUACUAUGACCACCUGCGCAGUGCGGCCAAGAGCCCGAACCCAGCCCUCACCUUCUGUGUGAAGACCCAUGACCGGCUCUACUACAUGGUGGCCCCAUCUGCCGAGGCCAUGCGCAUCUGGAUGGAUGUCAUCGUGACCGGAGCUGAGGGCUACACUCAAUUCAUGAACUGACCGGUGUGGACCUCCUGGACCCUCGGGCCAGCCCACCAGCUGCUCCGCCCUGGAGACAGAGGUGCACACCGGGCCACACAGGCGUGCCCCCAGAGGCCUGGAAGGGCGGAGCGUGCCUGGGGCUGUUGGAGGUGACUUUGUACUGUUCUACGGUGUAAGGAGCUCAUCCUGUGAAUUUCUGGGCUCAGGCCCCCUGAAGAACCAGCCAGCAGAUGAAAAGUGGGGAGGCUCCCGGGAGCCCAGAAUCUGCAGUAACCUUGGAGGGCCCUGCCCCAGGCCUGAGGAGCUGUCACAAGAGGGGGCCUCAAGCUCUGACCUGGCACCUGCACUCCCCAGCCUGUGUUCUCUUUUGCAAAAGGACAAAUUAUGGUACCAGAAUCUGCCAAAGAUCCCUUCUUGCCUCAGCCCCCUUUGCGGGGGCCUUGGGGGCCGAGGAGAACCACAUCAAGAGUGGGGUAACAGCUCAGGCGGUGUACUUCUCCAACCCCGCUCUACCCUGUUCUCCCCUUUGUUCAAGGGCCAGAGACCUCCAGUGCCAUCCUUGAGGUCCUAACCCCAUUCCCUUUUUGCAGACCCCCAACCACGAUCUCCACAGUGACUGCUUCAUCGCCAUGGUCAUACGCUCGUUGCCGUGGCUCCGCCCAUGCUGCAGCCGUGGGCCCAUCCGAGGGUACGUACUGCGACCUCUCCAGCCCAGGACCUUGUGCAUCUCAGGCCGGGGGAAGGGACCAAGCACCUGCUCCCUGCCCCCCUAGGUCUCCAGGCCCUGGUGCACAGCCGGCCACCCCCUAGUCCAGACCUCUCCCUUGCACUCGUGCCUUGCUUAGAGCCAGAAGGGACGAAGCUUGGACAUCCAGAGACUGGAGGAAGGAAGCAGAUGGGAGAGGCAGCUAGACUGGGUUCUACAGAACUGGCUGGGUUUCUAACAGGGAUGGAGGGCCGCUCAGACGCCCGCUGGGGGAAACCUGAGCAGAGGGGGAGGACCCUGGGGGCUGGCUGCCCUCCCUUCCGCCUCAGAAGGAUGACAGAAAUGGAGAGCAGAGGACCAGGCCCCCAGCUGUCUGGCCUCAGCCCUUCACGCCUUAACACUAAGCCCACAACCCUGCUCCUCUGCCCAACACUGGGCCAUGGUUGCCCGGCCUGGGCUGGGCGAUUUUCAGUAUUUGUAAGCAUCUCAACAGAACAAUAAAGCAUUUGGAGUAUGUG